CGACAUCGCCAACUCUCCAGCAGCGCCGUCGCUCCCCCUGCUGCCAUCAUUGCGGAGCCCUCGACCCCCUGCCGGCGGUGAACCCGCACCCGUUCCCCGUCGACGCGACCGACCCCAUCGCCCGACUUCGACAUCCACCGCCGUCCUCGACGACGACACACGACCUCAUCUUCGAAGCCCAACAUGCCGACUCCAUCUUCCAACCCUCCUCCCGACCCUCAUUCGCCCCGAUCACACAGUUUCUCGACAUGCCCUGAAGAUAGCAGCUCAAGAUCUCCACAACGCAGCUGGCGGCCGCCCACCAAUGCAAGUCAGGCGCCUCCCGAGAUGGAUCCCCAUCACGACGACCCCAUGGACGACGACUCGUCACUCGCCCCCGUCAGCGCUCCAAUGUCACAAGCCGAGGGCAUGAGCACAGAGGUCAUACUCGAUGAUGAGCCCACAUCCGCCGUCUCGUCCUCAAGAUCCACCACCAUGUCGCCGAGACCGCAGUCGGGUGACACCGCCAACUCGUCACCGGCGGCCGAUAUGGAGUCUUUCAAGCAUGCCGAGUCUGACGAAGAGGCACACACGGCCGGUAACAGGCUGAGGACGUCCCGGCCGGACGGCGCGAGGCGGCACGACCCAAGGCUAUCGCCGACUUCGGUACAACACGAAGACAACAAGGGCAUGGAACUUGAUGUCGACGAUGUGUGGGAAGAGGAGCUCAUGGCGCCCUCCAUGGGCUCUGACUUUUCCAACAUGCGGAUUAUUCCAUCAACGGCAUCUUCAUAUCUUCGCCCAGGAAGCAAGUUCCACGGAACGCAACAAUCCGAACGACAGGUAUAUGAUGUGCAGGUUGAAAUCAAGCACGUCGAUCUUCGGGAGUCGUUUUUAUGCGGCUACCUGCGAAUCCAAGGCCUCACCGAGGACCACCCCACAUUGACGACAUACUUUGAGGGCGAAAUCAUUGGCACCAAAUACAGCUUCAUCACCGGACACGAGAGCUGGGGCGCCACCGACAAGAUCGAUCUCAGCCAUUGGGGCAAGUUCAACGCCUUCCGCCCUCUCCAGAAGCAGGCGCGCAAAGGCCCGGUGGUGAUCCGUGAUGUUGCGCAAAGGGAGAACAUUUUUAUGCGUUGGAAGGAGCAUUUCCUCGUCCCUGACCACCGCGUACGCACGAUUUCCGGAGCCAGCUUUGAGGGCUUCUACUACAUCUGCUUCAACCAGGUCAAGGGUGAAGUGAGUGGAAUCUACUUCCACUCGAAAAGCGAAAAGUUUCAGCAGCUUGAGCUCAAGCACGUGGAGGAUAGGGGCUGCUUCGGCGCCAUGGAAUUCAGAUGAGAUCAGACACCAGAUCAGGGAAGGUAGGGAAGAGGGAGAUGGGAAAGGGUGCAGGAGGCACGAGCGCGACGCCCAACUCUAUCCGGUGUGUGCGUGUGCGCGCGCGCCUGCAGACUGCGGGAGUGCGUCUGGCUGGACGCACGCCUGUCUUAUUCUUGUUUUUUUUU